AUGAUCAUAUCGGAUGCACCUGCCCAUCCAACGGGCCGCCUUCCCAAACCCGACUAUUUCCAUCUCUUUCCCUCUGCAUCGAACGCUCUACCUUUAAGUAUGCCUGAUCUUCUACGUCCUAGCGGUACCAUCUACUUGAAGUACGGUGUGUAUGAGCAUUGCUUCACUGCUAUCCACGACCAUUCUGACUUUCUCCGAAGAUACGAGACCACACAGCAAUAUCUCGAAUUUUCUGGCGUGACCGGCUCAGAUUUGGACAGCCUCUCCUCGGACCAGAACCGCCCGUCUAAAUCUAUCAGACUCGGCUACCACUAUUCGACUCAAGUGCCGCUUGUAAACUUGAUGUCGGGCUGGAACCACGAGGAUUUUGCCGGCUCCUUUCGCAUGAUAGGAGAUGAACAGCUGUUCGCCAUGUAG